ACAAGGUUUACAAAUUAGCUGCGUUAGCAAUCCCGUAGCGCAUUCGGUGGAAUAUACCGUGUUAUGUGCUAUUCAUUAGAUAUCCAUCACGGGGGCAAGCAUUCAUCUGAGGCCUGUUUAUUAUCGCGACCCCCUUUUGGGGGUGAAACGGAAAAGUCAUGGGGUCAGGAACGCAGGUCAGACUCCUGCUGUGGAAGAAUUGGACCGUCCGCAGGAGGCAGAGGAUGCGUUUCUUCAUGGAAAUCAUGUGGCCUGUUAUUUUGUUCAUUGGGCUCGUUUGGCUACGAAGAGUGAAUCCGCUCUACCGUCAGCAUGAAUGCCACUUCCCCAAUAAGGCCAUGCCCUCUGCGGGGGUCUUACCGUGGAUCCAGGGAAUCUUCUGUAACGCCAACAACCCUUGUUUCCAGUACCCUACCCGUGGUGAAUCACCUGGCUUGGUGUCCAACUACAACAACUCAAUAUUGGCACGCUUCUACUCGGAUGCCCAGGAGCUUCUUUUUAGUGAUCCAAAGCUUCUACCCAUGGGACGACUUUGGUCUGAAGUGAAAGCCAUGAGUAACUUCAUGGACACAUUGCGUACCCGUCCUGAUAAAGUCUCAGGGCGAGGACUACAAGUCGAGACAAUCCUUAAGGAUGAUGAGACUCUGACGUCAUACCUUCUGAGAGAUGUGCCACUAACCGAAUCGGUGGUUAAUCAACUUGUCACAGCCAAAAUCAGGCCCGAACAGUUUGCCUUUGGAGCUCCAAACCUGCAUUUAAAGGACAUUGCCUGCAGCUCGGAUCUCUUGGAGCGAUUCCUUAUUUUCCCGAACCACAGAGGACUUCUCGCCGUCCGCAACGCUAUGUGUAUCCUCACCGCAGAGCGGCUGCAGGUCAUCGAGGAGAAGUUCUAUGCCAACGUUGACUUUUUCAAGCUCUUCCGAGUGCUUCCUCAAGUUUUGGAUGGUAACUCCGAAGGCAUCGACAUUCACUUUUGGGUCCAGGUGGCGUCCGCAGCCUCGGACAAACUACGGGAGUUAUUCCAGCGAAGCAGCACACAAGAGCUCUUCCAGGUCAUGACCCCUCUCUUCCAGACCGAUCCCACCUUCAGGCAGGUGAUGACGGCUGCUUCCAGCCUUGUUUGCGGCUACACUGAAGGCGCUUUCUCCCGAGUGGCCUCCUUCAACUGGUACGAGGACAACAACUACAAAGCGUUUCUUGGCAUCAGCAACGGCAGAAGACCGAGCCAGCACACUUACGACGACAACACGACUCCUUUCUGCAAUGAUAUGAUAAGCGAACUGGAAUCCAACCCUGCUACCAGGAUCGUAUGGAACUCCUUGAAGCCCAUGUUGAUGGGGAAAAUCCUUUACGCUCCUGACUCGCCUGCUGUCAGAAUGAUCAUUAAAAAUGCCAACAGUACUUUUGAAGAACUGCAAAGGAUAAAGACGAUGGGAAAGGCCUGGGAGGAACUGGCUCCACAAAUCUGGGCUUUCUUCCAAGAUGGAGUGCAAGUCAAAAUGAUACGGGACACUUUUCGAAAUCCGUCAGUGAUGGAUUUCAUUGACCGUAGUCUUGAGGAGGCUCCGUUCUCCACCAAACAUAUCCUCAACUUCCUGCACAAUGGUCCACCGGAGGAACGACUUGACAGCAUGCCUGAUUUUGACUGGCGGGAUGUUUUCAACCUCACUGACCGUGUCAUUCAGAUGCUCAAUCAGUACGGAGAUUGUGUGAUACUUGAUAAAUUUGUCGCCCUACCCAACGAGGACACCCUAACUUAUCGGGCCUUGGACCUACUUGAGGAUGGCAAGUUUUGGGCGGGUCUUAUCUUUGUUAACAUGCAUCCUUGGAGUGCCAAAGUCCCGCCUCAUGUCAAGUUCAAGAUCCGUAUGGAUAUUGAUGCUGUGGAGCGUACCAAUAAAGUCAAAGACAGGUAUUGGGAUCCAGGCCCCAGAGCGGAUCCGAUGGAUGACCUGCGCUAUGUUUGGGGAGGGUUUGCUUAUCUUCAGGACAUAAUAGAACACGGGAUCAUUCGGACUCAAACGGGGAAAGAGUGGCCGUUGGGGGUUUACCUGCAACAGAUGCCCUACCCUUGUUACGUGGAUGAUCUCUUCAUGCUCACACUGAACCGCUGCUUUCCAAUCUUCAUGGUUCUGGCUUGGGUCUACUCUGUAUCCAUGAUCGUCAAAAGUAUUGUUCUGGAAAAGGAACUCCGUCUAAAGGAGACCCUCAAGGUCAUGGGGGUCUCCAACAGCGUCAUCUGGUUUACAUGGUUUAUUGACAGCUUCAUCGUGAUGGGUACCAGCACUGCUCUCCUCACAGUCAUCAUCAUGGGAGGAAGGGUACUGAACUACAGCAACCCCUUCAUCCUCUUCCUCUUCCUGCUCACCUUCACCACGGCCACCAUCAUGCAAUGCUUUCUCCUCAGUGUCUUCUUCAACCAGGCCAACCUGGCAGCAGCCUGCUGCGGAAUUAUUUAUUUCGCCCUCUAUCUGCCGCACAUCCUUUGCUUCGCCUGGCAAGAUCGCAUCACCAAAGACUUGAAGAUCCUGGUGAGUCUGAUGUCCCAAGUUGCCUUUGGUUUUGGGACAGAAUAUCUCUCCCGCUAUGAGGAGCAAGGUCAUGGUCUGCAGUGGGACAACAUCCAGACUAGUCCUCUGGAAGGGGACGAGUUCUCGUUCCUCACCUCUAUCUGCAUGAUGGGCCUUGACACAUUGCUUUAUGCUGUCCUUGCCUGGUAUCUCGACAACAUCUUCCCUGGCCAAUAUGGAAUCGGCCGGCCGUUUUACUUUCCCUUCAUGCCCUGUUAUUGGCUCAACACAGUGACACCAACUUCAGACGCUAAACACGAUCUGCCUAAACAAGGCUUUGACAACCCAGCAUUCAAGGAUAAAGGGACGCCACAGAAGAAAGAGGAGAAGGAGAAACCAGACGAAACUAGUACAUGUGAACACCGAGACCAGCGAGAUGUGAACCAGACGGCAAAUGGCCAGGCAUUCUUUGAGGCAGAACCAGCUGACCUGGUCAGGGGUGUUUGUAUCCAGAACCUGGUCAAAGUUUUCAACAACCGCUCCAAGCCCGCUGUGAACGGCCUUAGCCUCAGUUUCUACGAGAACCAGAUCACUGCCUUUCUUGGGCACAACGGGGCUGGCAAGACCACCACUAUGUCCAUCUUGACUGGUAUGUUUCCUCCCACCUCAGGCACAGCUUCCAUAUAUGGGAAAGACAUCCGUACGGACAUGGACACCAUCCGUCUGUCUCUUGGAAUGUGCCCACAGCACAACACUCUUUUUCAGUAUAUGACCGUCGCUGAGCAUAUCCUGUUCCACUCACUGCUGAAAGGUCGGCCAAUAGCGGAGGCCGAGGAAGAGGUGGAAAAUAUGCUCCAAGAUUUAGGUCUACCACACAAGAGAGAUGAACUGACACAAAAUCUCUCAGGGGGCAUGCAGAGGAAACUAUCAGUCGCCUUGGCAUUUGUUGGUGGUGCAAAGGUGGUGAUUCUAGAUGAGCCCACUUCUGGGGUGGAUCCUUACUCCAGACGCUCCAUAUGGGAUCUGUUGCUGAAAUAUCGUACAGGUUGUACUGUAAUCAUGUCCACCCACCAUAUGGAUGAGGCUGACCUGCUGAGUGACAGGGUCGCGAUCAUCUCUCAGGGUCGUCUCUACUGCUGCGGUUCUCCUAUCUUUCUCAAGAAUUGCUUCGGCGCCGGCUUCUACCUCACUCUUGUGCGAAGAAUGAAAUACAGCCAACUUGGAACUGAUGCUGAUGUCUGUUCGGAAAACUGCUCCUGUAAGUGCUCUAAGUGUUUGAAGUUUAAAGUAAACCAAGAGGAGGCUCCGGACAGACAAAUGGAUGGUAACAUUGAACGCAUCACAGCCCUGGUGCAUCAUCACGUGCCGCAGGCUCGUCUGAUUGAGGCCAUCGGCCAAGAGAUGACCUACCUGCUUCCCAGUCAUGACUUCCAACCGCGGGCCUACGCAAGCCUCUUCAGGGAGCUGGAGGAAACUCUGGAGGACAUCGGCCUCAGUAGCUUUGGGGUGUCGGACACGUCGUUGGAGGAGAUUUUCUUGAAAGUCACUGCUGAUGGAUAUGCAAGCAACCAGAAAUGCAUUCAAGACAAUAAAUCAUUGCAACAGAUUUCUCGAGCUAGCCUUUGUGGAUUCAACAGAGUGGCGAUUGCGAUGGAGCCACCUGAAGACUCAGGAGAGCCUUUGGACGCCAAUCCGUGUGAAGGUAACGAGGGCCGAGGGUCGUAUCAGGUCAAAGGUCUGUGCCUGGCCGUCAAACAGUUCUUUGCACUGUUGAUCAAGAGGUUGCACCACACCACCCGAUCUUGUAAAGACUUCUUUGCUCAGAUUGUUUUACCAGCCAGUUUUGUUUUCCUGGCACUGACCUUUACGCUGAUCAUUCCACCGUUCGGGGAAUAUCCAAGUAUGACUCUAAGUCCGUGGAUGUACGGCCGACAGUACACUUUCUUCAGUAAUGAACGUCCAUUGGAUGCCCAGAUGAGAAAUUUUGGGGAAGUGUUGCUGGACAAGCCGGGUUUUGGGACACGCUGCAUGGCGGAUGAACCUUUGCAAGAUUUUCCAUGUCACAACAUCACCACAGAGUGGGAGGUGCUCCCGGUUAACCCAUCAGUGAUCGAGAUGUUGGCUGAGCCGAAGUGGAACUCCAUCAGACCAUCUCCGGACUGUCAGUGCAGCACCAAGAGGAAACUCACCAUGCUGCCCACAUGCCCCGAAGGAGCCGGGGGUCUUCCACCCCCACAGAGAAUUCAGUCAACAGGAGAUGUUCUCAUGGAUCUGACAGGGAAGAACAUCUCGGACUACCUGGUGAAAACGUACCCCAGUCUCAUCAGAACCAGCUUGAAGAGCAAAUAUUGGGUGAAUGAACAAAGGUAUGGAGGAAUAUCAGUCGGAGGGCAGCUUCCUGUUUUAGAUUUCCAGCCAAAGUUUAUCCAGGAUUCAGCAGCUCAACUGGGGCAAAUGCUCAACAUUACUGGGGGUGACAACUGUAAACAAACACUACGAGAAAUUGGUACAUUCCUCAGGUACAUGGAGACGCAGAAUAAUGUGAAGGUAUGGUACAACAACAAGGGCUGGCAUGCCAUGGUGUCCUUCAUGAACGUGGCCAACAAUGCCAUCCUGCGUGCAAAUUUACCAAAAGGAGCUACCCUGGAUCAAUAUGGAAUCACAGCCAUCAAUCACCCCUUGAACCUCACUAAAGAGCAACUAUCGGAAAUCACCGUCUUGAACACGUCGGUGGAUGCCGUGGUAGCCAUCUGCGUCAUCUUCGCCAUGUCUUUUGUUCCGGCUAGCUUUGUCCUCUAUCUCAUCCAAGAACGGGUCACCCAGGCCAAACAUCUCCAGUUCGUCAGUGGUGUCAGCCCGCUGAUUUACUGGAUGGCCAACUUUCUCUGGGACAUGGUGAAUUACUCCAUCAGUGCAAUGAUGGUGGUGCAGAUUUUUGUCUUUUUUGAUAAGAAGUGUUACACCUCAACAACCAAUCUGCAGCCACUUAUUGCACUACUUCUACUUUAUGGCUGGUCCGUCACCCCCAUGAUGUACCCGAUGUCCUACAUGUUCAACGUCCCCAGCACAGCCUAUGUGUCUUUGUCAUGUAUCAACCUCUUCAUAGGCAUCAACAGCAGUGCCAUCACCUUCAUCCUGGACCUUUUUGAAGGCACCACGGCUUUGUACAAGUUCAACCAGCUGUUGAAGAGCGUCUUGCUGAUUUUUCCACAUUACUGCUUGGGGAGAGGACUUAUCGACAUGGCCAUCAACCAAGCCGUGACUGAUAUCUUCACUCGCUUUGGUGAGGAUCACAGUCCUAACCCCUACGACUGGGACUUCAUUGGGAAGAACCUUUUCUGCAUGGCAGUUGAGGGAUUCAUCUAUUUCACCUUGAAUAUUUUCUGUCAGUAUCGCUUCUUCCUGGAUCACUGGGUACCAGAUGGCCCAACGUCUUCAAUUCUGGAUGAAGACUUGGAUGUGGCUGAGGAACGAGAGCGAAUCUACAGCAGCAGGAAAACAAAUGACAUUUUACACGUAUGCAACCUUUCUAAGAUAUACACAGGAACCAUCACUCCCGCAGUGGAUCGAAUUUGUGUUGGUGUAUCACCUGGAGAGUGUUUUGGUCUCCUGGGAGUAAAUGGCGCAGGAAAGACCACGACGUUUAAGAUGUUAACUGGCGACAUUGAUGUCACCACAGGAGAUGCCUCAGUUGCUGGUCACAGCAUUUUGACCAACAUCCUAGAUGUCCACCAAAACAUGGGAUACUGCCCACAGUUUGACGCCAUUGAUGAACUUCUAACAGGAAGAGAACACCUUCAUCUGUAUGCUCGUCUCCGCGGGGUACCAGAAGUUGAGAUCAGCAAGAUUGCAGAGUGGGCCAUUCAAAAAUUGGGUUUGUCCGAGUAUGCGGGCCAAAGUGCGGGAACCUACAGUGGCGGGAACCGCAGGAAACUCUCCACAGCCAUUGCCAUGAUUGGCUGCCCUGCCCUAGUAUUGCUGGAUGAACCCACAACAGGUAUGGACCCGCUCUCCAGACGCUUCCUCUGGAGCUCCAUUGUGAGUGUGAUCCGAGACAAACGAGCUGUUGUUCUCACCUCGCACAGCAUGGAGGAAUGUGAGGCCUUGUGUACACGUUUGGCCAUCAUGGUUAAUGGAUCUUUCAAAUGUUUGGGAACCAUUCAGCAGCUCAAAUACAAAUUUGGCGAUGGAUAUGUGGUGACUAUGAAGAUAAAGGCAUCCAAGGCAGGUUGCGCACCAGAUCUGAAUCCGGCCGAAGCCUUCAUGGAGAACACCUUCCCUGGCUGCAUCCAGAGAGAAAAACACUACAACACCCUGCAGUAUAAAAUCGCCUCCGCCUCACUGGCAAGAAUCUUCCAGAUGGUCCUCGCUAACAAAGACAAGCUCAAUAUCGAGGACUACUCGGUAUCACAGACGACUCUCGAUCAGGUGUUUGUGAAUUUUGCCAAGCAGCAGUCAAGAGAGGAUGAGGCGAUCGUGUUGCAUCCAAAAGCUGCGGGGGCCCAACAAAGUGAUCGUGGCACCCCAGUUAAGAGAUUAAGAAAAUGAACUUUGCCCUAACCGAACCACUUCAUGUUCAGCUUUACUAGAACUUUUUGGGCAGUUGCAAUUAAUUCCAGAACGCAGCAAUAAGGUGCCUACAAUUAGACGCUCUUUUGCUCACCUUAUAGGCCUUGCGAGCUAAAAAUGGCUCAGGACAGCGGAAGCUUUUUAAAAGAUGCAUCGAUCCUGUUUCUGUAUUUAUGACCUUAUAAUGCCAAGCAUGACGUUUUUUUUUUUGCCUUCUUGGAACAAGCACUUGUGACAUAUAGGAAAAUCUUAGCACUUUAUUGUUGCUUCAUCAUUUGUUUGUUAUUGCAGAAACAAAUAAACUUGUGCAGAAUCUCA